AUGGCACGAACCAAGAACGGAGUCCGGAAAACUUCAGCUGGAAUAGAAAACCGAGAUAAUCCAAAGCGCAAACGCGAAGAAGCAGCCGGAGCAGAAGCCCCCUCUAAACGCAAAGGAGAUUUCCCCUCCACCUUCCAAGAACAAGAUCAAGAUCGACCAUCGAAAAAAGCAAAACCUGCUACCACCAUUUCCCAUCCUAGAUCUCACCAAGCUCCCUCCACCACCUCCAGCGCGCAAGCUCAACCCGAAGACACCAUUCCCUCCGCCUCCGCCUCCGCCUCAGCCCCAACCUCAAACCCGUCCACCCACCAAACACCUCCUCAAAUUCUCCCUCCAAUCGAUCUAACCACCACCCACCAAACAACCCACCUCUCCAUCCUCUCUUCCUCACACGUCCACAAGAAAGUCUCCCGCAUCCUCUCUAUCCUCAGUAUCUUUUCCUUUUCGGAUCCUUCUCCCCACGUCGUGCUUCUAUCUGCCAAAGCACCCGUUGGAUGCAAGCUCAUUACCAUUGCGGAGAUUGCCAAGCGGGAGUUAGCGAAGAGUGGUUACAAGUGGUUUCAGUACAAUGUUAUUGGAGAGUUGAGUGCUACUAUGCCGCAUACUGCCACGAUUGAGCCAAGGGGGAUUGAGAAUACAGAGGAAGAUGUAAGAAUGGAAGACGCCGACGAGGAGGGGGAAGCUUUCGAAACCAUGAAGACACCCUUCGAAAGAGCACUUGAAGCAGAAAGAAGACCUAAGAUUAAAGGUGUGGCUACUUUAACUCUCUAUCUAUCUCGAGUCAGAAUUGAGAGUUUGAAGAAGAUCUAUGGAACCCGAAUGUACAUGCAUAAUGUGGAUAGGCCGCUGGUUUCGCAGCAGCUUGUCGCCAAAGUUCAACAUGCCGACCGCGAGAGCCCCGAGUAUCACCGUGAAGUUGAGCCAGGAGAGAAAGGUGCGCUCGUUGGCGAAGAAUACUUUGGGUUCGACCCGUGUGGGGAGGGCGAUGCGUUUUCCUGUGGGUGGCGAGGGAGGUGGUUAGUUAUUGGGUUGGAUUGGGUUGGAUUGGGUAGGGGGUUGGAAUUAGAGAGCUUGGGGAGGAAUCGGGAAUUGGAGGUUCUUGAAAGGCAAGCUCAUGCCAUUCCGCAGAAACUCGCACAGGAAAGAUUGAGAAGAACAUACCAGGCGCCGUUUGAAGAAGAGGUUGGCUCGACAUCUUGA